AUGGAACUGGAAAGUAUGGCAAGUGAUAGGGACCCUUUGUUGGGCUCUCAAGAGUCUAUUCAAUCAUUCCGAGGGGAACCGCAAGUUGAUGAACUUGAUGAUGUACAAUCCAAAUACACGGAUGAUGAUGCAGAUAGCAUUUUCAUUCGAGGCCACAGAUUCUCUAAAAAGAGAUUUUGGUGGUCCUGUUUUUUGGGUAUCAUCGCUAUAAUUAUUCUACAUUUGUCCUUUUUACCAAGGACGUCUUUCAGUAGGGAUUUUAGAAGAUGGCAUGGUUUACAUUUGACAAAGAGUGAUGUAAAGAGAAGCUUCUUAGUUUUCAGUGGCAUAGGUGCUCAUGAUAAUUAUGGAUCUAAUGAAGAUCACAUAAAUUGGUGGUUGACAAAUAUUACGGAUUUUAAUUCAAAGAGUCCAGUAAAUCUCUUAGCAGACGAUAAUUUGCCUCUUGUUUCUUAUGUGAAGAAGUCAUUUAAGUCUAUGGGCUUUGAGCCAGAGGAAUUUACUUAUGAUGCGCCAGAUUUGAAAAAACCUAUUAGUCUGUCCUUAAAGCUACUCGAUUCUGAGGAAGGCACUAUUUUGUACGCUUCAGAUUUGUUAGAGCCGAAAUUUUCUACUCCAGCCUUUAGCUCCCUUGGAUAUAAUGGCACUGCGAAGGGUGCAUUCGUCUUUAUAAAUGAAGGAACAAACGGGGACUACGAGCUUUUGAAAUCCAAUGGAAUUAACCCAAAGGACAAAAUAGUCAUCAGUAAAUCUGAUGGCAAAGAUAGUGGGCUCACUCUUGCCGAAAAAUUGAUAAUUGCGAAAAGGCAAGGUGCCAAGGCAUUGGUGAACUACUACGAUUUAAAAGGAAAGGAUAAUCAAGGGAGCAAAAGUAAUCUUGAGCACGCAAUUAUCAGGGAGUCGGCUGGGUAUGGUCAACUUAACGACCUUACUUUAACUGACAUUUUGUGUAUUCCAGUAAAUUUGAAGACUAUAAAGGUUAUUUUGGACACCUUAUCAAUAAAUCCUAGAGAUGAUGCAUUUAAGGAUUGGGACUAUUAUCCAGAGGGGGAUGGCACUUUAAUCUUAGACCUAAGCUGCCUGUUUGAACAAAAACCGAAGUCAAGAAGAUUGAGUAAUAUUGUUGGUUCUAUUCAUGGCGUUCUCAAAGACGGUGAUGUUGUUAUUGGUGCAAGGAGAGACAGCUUUACAUCCUCAAAUCCUUUGAGUGGGCAUGCGGUAAUGUUGGAAAUAAUGAGACAUAUGAAGAAAUUGAGAAAAAUUGGUUGGAAACCAUUAAGAACGAUUAAAUUCGUUUCCUGGGAUGCUUCUAGUAGUGGCUUGAUAGGUUCUCAGAAGUUUACUAAUGAUAUAUCCUCGUUCAAUCCUAAUCACCCAAUUUUAUGUUAUAUUAAUAUUGAUGGUGAUGCAGUCACAGGAAGUAAAUUCAAAGUAGACUCAAAUCCUUCUUUUAACCAUCUUUUGAAGGAUAUUUCGAAAUACAUUGUUCUACCAAAAAAAUCUAAUCCAUAUGAGGACAUUCCUGGAACUUUACCUGGUGAUAUUGAUGAUGAUAACCUAAUGACCUUGUACAGAUAUUGGUCCAAUCAAGAUAAUCGCAGUAUUAAUAAUAUUCUUGGUGAACAGAUAGCCGACAAAGAUGCUUUGGUCUUUCAAACGCAUUUAGGAGUUCCAAUCGUAAACGUUAAAUUUGAAAAUAAUCCAAGUAAGGACACCUCAUUAUAUAUUCCUGGGUCAAACUACUAUUCCUAUAACUGGCUUAUGAAAAGAGAUAUAGAUAACAAAUUGGGAUAUCACAGUACCUUGGUAAGGUUUCUUGGAUUAUUGAUGAUAACAUUUAGUGAACAUGAGGUUGCUCAUAUCAAGACAGAAUCAUAUUUUAAAACAAUCCUUGACCUUUUUAAGGAAUCUAUUGACAGUAAUUCUGAUAAAUUAAAAGCUUGGUCGGAUAGAGAUGUUCCUACUGAACUCAUAAGCAAAUUUUAUUUGUAUUCUGAUUUAAAAGAAGAACUUGGAGAUGGCUCAGUUUUCACGUUUGGCGAUGUCCUCAAUAGGUUACAGGGCUUAUUGAAUGAAACAAUUAUCCUGUCAGUGAUUUACGAUAAUUAUGCCGUGGAAGUCGAAGAAUCUUUGAUUCAAGAUUUCGCUUGGUAUAAAUAUUAUAAAAAGCUAAAGAUCUAUGCUCAAUUCAAGGUCUCUAAUUAUAAAUUACUUCAUUUUGAGAAGGGAUUUCAAUUAGCUACGAAAGAUUACGACUAUCUAAACCUUGAUCCUAAAAAAACCUUUUUCAACCACAUAAUAUUUGGUGUCGCAAAGUUUUCUCCAAAGCUUGCCACCGGUAAUAAAAUAGAAAGAUUCAAACAAAGUGCUUUUGCUCCGUUCCAAGAUUCAAUCAGGGAAAAUGAUUUUGCAAUGGCGACUAAGUGGUUAGUUGUCAUUUAUGAAAAAUUACGAAAUUUGAAUAAGCGUUUGGCCUGA